AUGACCUGCGGCGCUCGACUUGCUGCUCUGGCUGGAACAAGUGCAGGCUGGAUCACCUUGAGGUAUCUGGACCGACGAGAGAAGCGCAGAGCUGCGCAAGUUGCUUCGUGCAGCACCUGGACGAAGAACUUGCUCUUUCUGCCCCCGUCGGGUUUCUGGGCUGAUGACGACUGGUACGACCUGCAGAUGGCGCGGCGCUUGCCCCUCUGCCAAGACUGCCUGCGCGAGUUCGUGUAUGCCUUGCCGCCGCUCUCUGGAAAGUUUGUCGUGGACUUGGGUGCUGGAACCGGGCGGUCCGCCGCAGCGGUAGCUGCAGCAUAUCCCCGGGCGCACUUCACGCUCAUCGACCCUGACGAGGGUCGCCUGAGAACGGCACUGAUCAAGCUGCGCCGGGCGGCGGAGGCUUCGGCAGUGUCCUCGUCGGAGGUGCCGGAGCCGCACCUCGUUGUUGCGGCAGUGCGUUCUGGAGAGCCUUUGCCGGGUCUCCCAGAAGGCACUGUGUCGGGCUACGACUGCGUGCUCGCGCUCCAGGCCGUGCGGCACAUCGUCGCCCCUGCGGCCCAUUACGCCGAGAAGCACGGGCUCGCGACGGCCGCAGGACCCGAGCAGAUCCGCGAGGGUUACGCCAAAGUCUUCAAAGGGAUCUAUUCGAGCCUGGUGCCUGGUGGCCAUGUUUUUCUGGGUGACCGUGUCUCCCACGGCCAUCCCGGCGUCUACGAGCACUGCAGGCUACUGGAGGAUGCUGGGUUCCUCGAGAUUGACAUCGCUUGGAGGCAAGACGAUUGGUUCGUCAUCGGCGCUCGCCGCCCCAUUUGA